UCCAGUGACAUUUUUGUACACAAUGGCAUUUCUGAGGAAAACAGCCUUUGAGGUUUUACGAGAACUUACAACUAUCAAUGACAACGAGUCUGGAGACGAGAACGAUUAUGAUGUUGAUGAGGACUCCAUCUUCCAUGAGUCAGCAGAAGAUCACAGCAUGUCUGAUAGUCAAACGUCUGAUGAUUACACUCCAUAUGAGGACCCUAGAGAGAGUGUAUCAACCGAUUCGGUAUCUCCCGGUGAGCUUCACGUAUCGAAAGAUGGUAGCACGUGGAUCGCAGUGGAGUUCGAAACAUCUACUGUUGACCAGGACCAACUCCCUAUGCUAAGAAAUGUGUGAAAUAUGGUGAGCUGUCGAGCACUUUUGACGUCAUAAUCACGCUCCAGAUGCUGAAACAUAUUCAAGUAUGCAAUGAAGCUGAGGCCA